AUUGUACGACGUAAAAUGUCCACUUGAUUGGAAUGCGACAUGCAACAGACUUGUAUCCGACACUAGAAGUCAAAAUGGUGGACUACAGCAAGUGGGACAACAUCGAGGUCUCCGAUGAUGAGGAUGAGACCCAUCCCAACAUUGACACACCCAGCCUGUUCAGAUGGAGACAUCAGGCCAGGGUGGACAGAAUGGAAGAGGCAAAAAAGGAAAAGGAGGCCGUGGAAUCUCAGUCACUGCAAUCAAAAGUGAAGCUGGAACAGACAAGAAAACAACUAGAAGCAUUGAAGACGUCUGGAGAAGCAGAAAAGAUCAGCAAAGUUAAGGAAGAGCUUCAAGAUUUGGAGGAACAAAACAGGAAGUGGAGAGAGAAAGAGGAGGAACUUGCCAAGAAGGAGAAACUCACACCAUGGAACGUGGACACGCUGAGCCACGACGGCUUCAGCAGCACCCGCAUCAACAAAUACACCCCCAGAGACGAGGACCUGACCGAGGAAGAGCAAGACAAGAGACAGGCCCGCUUCGUCAAGAAGAACGAGAAAGACAUCAAGAAGUACGGCAUGCACCGGAAGUGGGACGACACGGGGGAAUUCCUGCAGCAGCACACGGAUCUGGUCUGCGAGUAUACGGCCAACUACUUAGUCAUCUGGGCCAUUGAUCUCAUGGUGGAAAAGAAAGAGUCGUUGAUGGAGCAAGUUGCCCAUCAGACCAUCGUCAUGCAGUUCAUCUUGGAGCUGGCCAAGAGCCUCAAGCAGGAUCCCAGGGCCUGCGUCCGUCCUUUCUUCCAAAAGAUCAAGAGUGCCGACAAGAAGUACAUGGAGUCGUUCCACGAGGAGCUGGAUCUUUUCAAGGGGCGGAUCCGGAAGAAGGCCCAGGAGAGGAUCGAGAGGGCCGAGAAAGAAGCUGAAGAGGAAAUGGAACGGGAGAGACAGGCAAGACUAGGACCUGGUGGGCUGGAUCCAGUAGAGGUCUUUGAGUCGCUACCCGCGGAAAUGCAAGCGUGCUUCGAGAGCAAAGACAUCUCCAUGCUGCAGAAAGUGGUGGGCACCAUGGAGCCAGCAGACGCCGAGUACCACAUCAAACGCUGCGUGGACUCGGGGCUGUGGGUGCCUGGAGGUGGGGAAAAGGACGAAGGAGGGGCGGAGGACGGAGCCAAGGGGGGCGUCGCGGGGGAAAACAUCGUGUUGGAUGAUACAGCAAAUGGCGAGGAACCAACCUACGAAUCGGUAUCAAAUUAAUUCAUGUUACGAAUACAAGGUAAUGAUUAUGUUGUACCCUUGAAUAUCACUGUUACUGUUCAUUAUUAAAGGUAUAGUCCAUCA